UCAAGCGAAAACACGUGAGCUGAUUGUAAAGCAAUUGUCGGAGAUGGACAAGAAGCUAGACGACCAACUGUCACAAAUCAAUUGUUGUGUCAAGCCAAUGCACACGAAGCGCAUAGAGCGAAGAAACCCAAGCGAAACCAACAGAACGACGCAUAUCCGCCUGCAGCUCUGUCAACGGUGGCAGCCACCACUCCGACACCGAGUCCAACCACCGCAACUCAGCCCACUGCUGUACCCGAAUCGCCAUCGAAAUCCCACCAGCCUGUCGCUACGGAUGAUUCUCCAUUUUCCUCUCGUCGUUCUUCUGCACCUCCACCGAAAUGGGAUAUUCGCAAGUGUGGGCAAUUCGGGCACCUUUCCAACCUCCACCGCGCCGCAACUACAAUGGGAACAGGAUGGAAUGUCAUUGUUGCCACCCACCCUGUGGAUGAAUUUGCCGUUCGCAUGACGUGGCCUGCUAGUUGCUCAGCCCCUUUUUCCCCCGUGAUCGCGAUCGGGUUCACUCGCGACCCGAAUUGCUGGAAGAUUCCCGUCAACCACCCGCCCCGCAGCUUUCCAUGCCACAGGACGGGCUGGUUCGUCAAUGCAAACAAAGGCACUGUAUCAACAUGUGACGGCCGCGAGAACGAGCCCUGCGGCCUCGUGCUCAAGUCGGGAGACGUGUUGAGAGCUACGUUCGACUUCACGGGAGAAACAAUUACGUUUGCGCAGCAACUUGCUCCGCCAUGCGAACGCCCCCACGUGACUCUUGAGAAUGUGCGCAGCAACGCUUUGUACCCCGUGUUCGUGUCAUGCGACAGUGGCAUCCUCGUCGAAUUUGUCGAGUUGGAGCGCUGACGACCAGGGGAAAGCUCUGUCGGGCUGCGGGAAACAAGUACGAUCAUUAAAUAACACACACAACGACGAAUCAAUCUACGAGGAUGGCUCAGUUGAGGAUGAAGGACAGCGCGAGCGCGUGGGAACGGUAGGGCGUGUCCUUUGCGCACGGAAGCUCGACCUGGACGGGGAGUUUGUGGUGCGCAGUUCGUGUCGUGGACUCGGCUCUGGUCUUUCGUUCUUUGUUCUGGAGGCGAUAAGCCUUGACGCGGGCCAUGAUACGCUCCUUGUUGGCCUCAUAGUACUCGCGCUUCCCCGCGGCAAUCUUGGCCUUGUUCUGUUCGUAGUACGAUCGAACGACGGCGAGCUCUUUCUCCCGGUUCUUUUCGUAUUGCUUCCGGCGAAACUCAGCUUGAC